AUGAUGUCCACUGCAGCAUUUCGAAUGUCAUCAAGGCAGCUCUUUCACCGUUACACUGCCACCAGCGGCAAACGAGCAAUGGCCGCUUGCAUGAUCCACACUUCUCGCAAAGCUACUGGUGCCGCUGCUACACAUGCUGCACCCUCUCAUGAGCGAGCUGCUGUGCAGACGCUUCCAAAGUCCCAACGACGUCCUCAACCUCUAAAGUAUCGAAAGAACAACGCUGUCGAAAUGGAUGACUCGUUUGUCGGUAUGACAGGUGGUGAAAUCUUCCAUGAAAUGAUGUUGCGUCAUAAUGUCAAGCAUGUCUUUGGUUACCCUGGUGGUGCCAUUCUCCCUGUAUUCGAUGCCAUCCAUGAGUCAAAGUACUUUGAUUUCAUCUUGCCUCGACAUGAACAAGGUGCUGGUCAUAUGGCUGAAGGCUAUGCACGAGCCACUGGCAAGCCUGGUGUUGUCCUUGUAACCUCUGGUCCCGGUGCUACGAAUGUUGUCACUGCUAUGGCUGAUGCUAUGGCUGAUGGUACUCCUCUUGUUGUUUUCAGUGGUCAAGUUGUGACUUCAGCUAUUGGUACGGAUGCUUUCCAAGAAGCUGAUGUUGUUGGAAUUUCACGUGGUUGUACCAAAUGGAAUGUGCUUGUCAAGGAUAUCAGCGAACUUCCACGUCGUAUCAAUGAAGCCUUUGCUAUUGCCACAAGUGGUCGUCCAGGUCCUGUUCUUGUUGAUCUUCCCAAGGAUGUCACUGCUGGCAUCUUGCGUCGUCCUAUUCCUAGCAACCCAUCGAUUCCAUCACGCCCUACUGCUAUCCCUAAUACUGCCAUUGGUGCCUUUACGGAGGAAGCUAUUGCCGCUAAGCGUGACCCCGUCUUGCAUCGUGCUGCCGAACUCAUCAACAUGGCUAAGCGUCCUGUCAUCUAUGCUGGUCAAGGUGUUUUGAGCCAUCCUGAAGGUCCUGAAACCUUGCGAAAGCUUGCUGAUGAUGGUAACAUUCCUGUCACCACCACCCUUUGUGGUUUGGGUGCCUAUGAUGAAAUGGAUCCCAAGUCGCUUCAUAUGUUGGGUAUGCAUGGUUCUUGUUACGCCAACCUUGCUAUGCAAAAUGCCGAUUUGAUCAUUGCCCUUGGUGCUCGUUUCGAUGAUCGUGUCACUGGUAUCAUUCCUUCCUUUGCUCCUGAAGCUGUCAAGGCUGCACGUGAAAACCGUGGUGGUAUUUUGCACUUUGAAAUCAUGCCCAAGAACAUCAACAAGGUCGUUGAGGCUACCGAAGCUAUUGAAGGUGAUGUCACCGAGAACCUCAAAAUGAUCUUGCCUCAUGUGGAAAGAUCCGAACGUACCGAAUGGUUCAGCAUGAUCAAUGAAUGGAAGGAAAAAUACCCCUUCUAUUACGACUUGCCUGCUACCGACAAGGAUGCCUUGAAACCCCAGCAAUUGAUUGAAGAACUCAACAAGCAAACCAUGGACAACAAGGAAAAUGUCAUCAUUACUACCGGUGUGGGUCAACAUCAAAUGUGGACUGCCCAACUUUAUCGAUGGCGCCAUCCCCGUACAUUCAUUACCUCUGGUGGUCUUGGUACCAUGGGCUAUGGUCUCCCUAGUGCCAUUGGUGCCAAGGUAGCUCAACCUAACAAGACUGUCAUUGACAUUGAUGGUGAUGCCUCAUUUUCCAUGACUGCUAUGGAAUUGGCCACUGCAGCUGAGUUUAACAUUGGUGUCAAGGUUCUUUUGAUGAACAACUCCUUCCAAGGCAUGGUCAAGCAAUGGCAAGAUUUGUUUUAUGAAGAACGGUAUUCUGGCACUGUUAUGAAGAACCCUGACUUUUGCAAAUUGGCCGAGGCUAUGGGCGUGAAGGCUAUUCGUGUCACCAAGACUGAAGAGAUUCCCGAAAAGAUGGCUGAAUUCUUGGCUCACGAUGGACCUGUGCUUAUGGAUGCUGUUGUUUGCAAGCAUGAACAACUCUUCCCCAUGGUACCAGCAGGCAAAGCUUUGGAUGACUUUAUCAUCCAUCCCAAGAUCAAGGCAAGGCUCAGCAGCAGCAGCAAGCAGUAA